AUGUUCAACAAAAAAGAAUCCCGCAACACGCAGCUCAGCGCCGUUCCAGCACCCAGGCCGGCAUCACCUCGAACAGUACCAGCGGUGGCACCCGGGGUAGUACCCACGGUAGCAUACAGAGGGGCAUCCAGAACAGCACCGGCCGCAGCACCGGCCGUAGCACCCCCCACGGCAUACAGAGGAGCAUAUAGAGCAGCACCCGCAGUAGCUCCAAGAGCGGCACCCCCUCCCAGCUCUCGGGGAAGGACCCAGGGUGCCGCCAUGAAGGGCGAUACGGCCCAAGCACCCAGAGCGGCACCCAGAGCGGCACCCAGAGCAGCACCUAUGGCAGCACCUAGGGCGACACCUAGAAGAGUAACCCCUCCCUACGCUCACAGAGGGGACGAGUGGUACAGAGUCUCCACACCAGAGUUCGACACGGUAGCUUACGAUCCCCUGGACCCUCCCAAGCGAUACCACACAGGUAUCUUCGUUGAAACAGACGCAAAGACUCUCCGAGGAGCGCUAUUUCACGUCACAGGCGACAUCAUCGCUAAUAGCGGCAUGCGGUUCGAAGUGAGAGACAACUAUGUUCCUGGGGCAUCCAGGCAUUAUUACAGAACUACAGAGAUCGGAUGGAUUCGCAAAGCUGAUUAUCAGAGAAUAAGGGGUAUCUUGGAAGCCUUGCCCAGACCGACCAAACAGCAGGGAAUUGACUUUUGGACCAAGGAUCGAACUAAGUGGAAUAAGCUUACUUGGACGAAGCAGAAUGGGGAGCUUUACGGGCCAGGCGAACAACGACGGCCAAUCAUGAAGUGUAAUGAAUGGACACACCAGCUUGCGAUUCCGAAGUUGUGA